AUGCCGACGAACACUCCUCCCCCUACCGCUGACCAUGACCACGACCACACCACUCUAUCCUCCCGACUAGACACCAUCGAAGCCCUCCUAUCAACUCGCGUAAGGGAGGUAAGACAACUAGUCCUCGAGCGGGACGACCUGAGGAAUCGCCUCAACAAUGACAGCAGUUCUGCACCUACUACUGCAGCUGCAGCUGCCGCAGCAGCUGCAGCAGCACGACAAACCCGCCUCGAACAAGUCGAGGCCCAGAUACACCGUCUGCUGAAUCUGGUUCAGGAUCUGAUACUCCAGCAUGUCAUGUUGCAGGUCGAGCUAGGUUUUCCGACUGCGAGAAGGAGGAGUGUUGCUGACGGAAAUAAUAACAGCGACAGCGACGACAGUUCCGAGGGCGGUUCAGAGCGCAGUCCUAGCGAAAACGACGAUUUAGCUAGUCUUGUUCCGCCGCGCUUGCGUAUCGGUCAUCGUCGACCACUACCUGCUCCUCCGGCUCCUGCUGCGCCUGCUGCUGCGGACCAAAAUCUUGCGAAUACCGGACCGGAUCCCCUCCGUGAGCUGGAGAGGAGGAUUUGCAGUAUCAAGCUCCCGCUUCAGGGUAGAAAAUCUGGUUCUGGUUCUGCUUCUGCUUCUUCGAAGCGUCGUCCGGAUGGCUCGCCGCCACCACCACCACCGCCGCCGCCGCCGCCGCCGCCUGCUGCUGGACUGACCUGA